AUGGCCACUCCUUACAUUCCAUAUCGCCUUGAUGGGAAAGUGGCUCUCGUAACGGGCUCCGGCCGUGGUAUUGGUAAGGCUAUGGCCGUUGAGCUCGGUCGAUUGGGUGCCAAGAUUGUCGUCAACUACGCAAACUCAGCCGAGUCGGCUGAGGAAACUGUCGCCGAGAUCAAAGCUCUAGGAUCUGACGCAGUUGCCUUCAAAGCCGACGUUCGUCAGGUUCCUCAGACCGUCAAGCUAUUUGAUGAUGCGGUUGCUCACUUUGGUGGGUUAGACAUCGUGUGCAGCAACUCGGGGGUGGUCAGCUUUGGACACUUGGGAGAUGUGACUGAGGAAGAAUUCGAUCGUGUAUUCAGCUUGAACACGCGCGGACAGUUCUUCGUUGCCCGCGAGGCAUACCGACACCUCAAUGAGGGCGGACGUAUCAUUUUGAUGUCAUCCAACACCGCAAAGGAAUUCACUGUACCCAAGCACUCAUUGUAUGCUGCUUCUAAGGGUGCCAUUGAUUCCUUUGUGCGGGUCUUCGCUAAAGACUGUGGUCACAAAAGAAUUACUGUCAAUGCCGUAGCACCUGGUGGUACUGUCACCGAUAUGUUUCACGCCGUAUCCCAGCACUACAUCCCCAAUGGCGAGAAAUACACACCCGAAGAGCGACAGCAGAUGGCGGCACAUGCGUCACCGUUGGUUCGGAAUGGAUAUCCAAUUGAUAUUGCACGGGUUGUUUGUUUCUUGGCUAGCAACGAGGCCGAAUGGGUUAACGGGAAGAUUCUUACGCUUGAUGGCGGUGCUGCAUAA